UGGAUCGUCGUGAACUCUGUUCAUAGGUUGGGCUGACACAUCUCAGGCACAACCACACAACCCUUCUCGGAACCAAGCUCAGAUCUAGCCAGCUUGACACCACUGCCAUCGCGGCUUAUCAAUGGCCAAAAACCCCUCCCCCUUGGGUCGAGCACCGAUAUCCAUUACAACGAGACAAUCCGACCGGCUUCUGCUCCGACAUCCAACGCCACGAGAAUGGGAAACCCUAAGCGCGUGAGAUCCCAAAUAACCAAGGGUACAAUCUCAGGUCGGCCGAGAGGGGAUAAUACUGCUUCCGAUGAGUUAGAAGAUGCAAAAGAAGAAACAGAAGACGACGAGGCAGAUGCGCCGGCUAGUAAGAGACUCGCCUGUCCCUUCUAUACGUUUGAUCGGGUCAGGCAUCUUCGCUGUGCUCACUUCCAUCUCAAGCGGGUGAAGGACGUGAAGCAACAUCUUCUUCGCAAACAUCGCUUUCACUGCAGAGGCUGCUAUGAGGGAUUCAAGGACAAGGAGAAGUUUAGGGAUCAUGCCAGAAAUUCUCAGCAGUGCCAAGCUGGGACCGGUAAUUCCCAGUCUGCUGGAAUCGAGGAGGGCUUCUCCGAGGAUCAGGUCAGCGUGCUUCAGCAGAGGAUAAACCCGAGGGAUGAAGAUCAUUCCUGGUACAGCAUCUGGAAAAUUCUGUUUCCUGGGCAGCCGACUCCUGCCUCGCCAUUUCUUAAGAGCGAUGUUGAGGAGGUGAUUUCGACCGUGUGCGAGUUGUGGGAGAAGAAUAUCGACAAGGUUAUGUUUUCCCUCGGUAACGCUCCAUUCUCGAUGGGAUCGAUAACGAAUGCAGAGUUAUCGGAACAAAUUUCGCAUUCUGAGUCAGAGACACCGGUGAAAGACGACCUUUUGCGGCUGCUGGGCGAGCUCGCAAAAGUCAGUGUCCCCCGAGGCAAUACCGAUGGAAGAUAUGUCUCUAUUGCACAACCUAGCGUUCCAACGUCUGCUCCCGGUUCCGCUUCUGCGUUUGAGACAGCCUCAACCCAUUUUUUCGACUCGGAGAGAUUGCAGGCUAGUGACACAAUGGUAUGUUCGUUAAAGGCCGAGAGCCCAGGCAACGCGAGACCAACUUCAAAAAAGAAGAACGAGAGAUCGCGCAGAAGUGCGAGGAAGAAAAGGUAAAUGUAAGCACAAUAUUUUCUAAUCAAUAAUUCACGAUUAUUAGAUUGGAUUACAAUAUUAUUUGCUGUCGCUGCGGGGAGUUGCUGAAACAUUACUAGAUGAUUGAAACCGAGGUGCUUUUUAAGUCUUCGAGGUGACUU